AUGGCUCCAAUGUCCAGGCCCACUUUGAUCAGGAACGAGUCGAUGCAAAAGUACAUGCUGCUGUCAGCCCAGAAGGAAGCUCUACAACGACGAAUGGCUCUCGAGAUUCCCUUCAACAAACCCAUGACGGCUGAAUCGCCUGAAUUCCAGUCCUUGUCAUCAUCGCCUACCUGGUCCCCCAAAUAUGCUUCGCCAUAUCCUCCACCUACCGACCCCAUUGCUACCGGAUCUAAACCUCGCAUGGGUUCACGUAGCAGUAUCGAUGACACGCACACUGAAGAAUCGCACAAGCUCUCCGAGAUCAACCAACAGAUCGUGGCUACCCUCACUGAGCUACUCAAUACCGAGUCAGUGCGAUCAGAUGAUAAAACCCGUGCUUGGAUUCAAGAAAGGCUCAUGGAGGCGGAACACCAGAUACGUCGUGAGAGGCGUCGCCACUCAUCCAUCGCCGAGCGAGACUUUGCCUCUUCCAUUGCGCAUUCACUAGAGGUCGGCCUCAACACCUCGAAAACUUGGGCCUAA